CUUUGACAAUAUCAUAAAAACACUAUCACAAGUCACAACCAUGAGAGGAUCAUUCCGAUCCUAUCUCCUCUUCCUCCUCCUCCCCCUUCUCCUCGUCCUCCACGAGACCGUCAUCCACAACCGCCGCCACCAUACCAACAACAACGCGGCGGCUGAUGAUGACGAUCUCGCCCUCGCACUAUCCACCAGCUCACGGUGGAUAGUUGACGAUAGAAAAGGGGGAGAGAGGGUGAAGUUAUCAUGUGUGAAUUGGGUAAGCCACCUCGAUGCCGCGGUGGCCGAGGGAUUGAGUAAACAACCGGUGGAUGUGAUAUCGAAGAAGAUUGUGGAGAUGGGUUUCAAUUGCGUGAGAUUCACGUAUCCGUUGUUUUUGUUUACGGAUGAUAAGUUGGGUUCGAUGACAAUGAGACAGUCGAUGAUGAAGUUGGGGUUGUCGGGAUCUAUUGCUGGAGUUCAAGUCAACAAUCCGUUGCUCGUUGACCUUCCUCUUGUUAAUGUUUUCCAGGAAGUAGUUUCGAACCUUAAUGAGAACAACGUGAUGAUAAUACUAGACAAUCAUCUAAGCAAGCCCGGAUGGUGUUGUAGUGACAAUGACGGUAAUGGUUUUUUUGGUGACCUCUACUUCGACCCUAAAGUUUGGAUCGAGGGUAUCAGUCGAGUUGCAUCCAUGUUCAAAGGUUAUAACAAUGUCAUAGGUAUGAGCUUGAGAAACGAACUUCGUGGGCGUAGACAGAAUCUCAAAACUUGGUACAAGUACAUGCAAAUAGGUGCGGAGAGGGUUCAUGCAAUGAACCCUAAUGUUUUGAUUAUCAUAUCCGGUUUGAACUACGACCUAGAUUUGUCUUUUCUUCAGACGAAUCCUGUAAGUUUAUCUUUUAGCAAAAAACUAGUUUUCGAGAUCCAUUGGUAUGGCUUCUCAGAUGGAGACGAUUGGAUCACGGGUAACGCAAACGAAGUAUGUGGUCGGGUUAUCGACAAAAUAGCAAAUAAUGCAUUGUUUUUAUUGGACCAAGGUUAUCCUUUGUUUGUGAGUGAGUGGGGGGUGGAUCAAAGUGGUACAAAUGACAAUGACAAUAGAUAUCUAAAUUGCUUAUUGGGUUGGGCCGCUGAAAAUGAUCUUGAUUGGACUUUGUGGACCCUUGUUGGAAGUUAUUAUUAUAGAGAAGGUGUGAUUGGGAUGGAGGAGACUUAUGGGCUUUUGAAUUGGAAUUGGCGUGAGCUUAGGAAUUCAAGUUUUUUGGAAAAGAUUUCACCUCUUCAAUCUCCUUUUCAAGCACCAGAUUCCAACGCACUGGCACAUAAAAUCAUAUUUCAUCCGUCUACAGGGCUUUGCAUGCAAUCCCAUUCCUCGAGUUUGGGUCCAUGUUCCAACGCAUUGGAACUCGACUACACACAAGAAAAGAUUCUAAUAGUGAAGGGUACAAACUAUUGUAUAGAAGCUAGUGAGAUGCAUACUCCAGUACGAGUAGGUGUCAUGUGUGGCGAUGAUUCAUCAACUAGAUGGGAAGCCAUUUCAGCAUCUAAAAUGCACCUUUCAUCAACGGACAAGAAUGGCAAUAUUGUUUGCCUUGACAUAGAUUCCAAAAACAACAUUGUUACUAAUGAUUGUAAAUGUUUAAGUAAAGACUACUCGUGUGAUCCAUCUUCCCAGUGGUUCAAAGUCAUCAAUAGCACGAGUUUUAAUAUUGCGCCAUCCCCCAUUAGUAUCUCACAACGUCCUAUUUUGGAUGGCUCGAUUUCAUCGAGCUGAUACAUUUACCAUUUUACGCUUACUUACAAAAAACUCUUGUAUAUAACACAUCCACUUAAUUUGUGUACUCGAAUCUUACUUCGUGUGAUCAAUAUAGGAUGCAUAAUGAUAUGCAACUUUUUGUUUGUCUUUUUAAUCAA